AUGGGGCGGUUUGACCUGAUCUGUGCGUGGUUGUCGCCAGCAUGUCUCCUUUGGCUGGCGUACUCGACAGAUCAUGCGAUUGCGUACCACCGGCCGGUCCAUACCGCAGUCCUCUCGCUCGCAGUAUGCUCAUGCUGCCUCGUCUACGCGAGCAGAGCGUUCCCGACCCUGCUGUCCAAGCCGUCCCAGAAUGGCGCGUCCCCGAGUUUGUUGCCACACGUGAAAGAAGAUAGCGACGAGAAGCGAGGAGUACCGCCGUCUGCCACUCAAGAGACACUUAAUGGCACUAGAAGACCGAUACUGCUGGUCCUGGCCGUCAUUGCAUUGUCAUGUCGCAUCGAGACCCUCAGGCGGAUCACAAAAUCACCCGAGUGCACCGUGCCAUCAGUAGAGGUAUGGCUACCUUUGUUGCUUGCGAUAUACGAUGGUCUACGCUUCCAGAGAAGUACGCCGCAGGAUGCUACAGCUAUUAGCAACCUGCUCAUGCGGGCAACGCGCCUUUGGGGCAGACGAUCGCGCUUUCGAUACAUCCUUCCGGUGGCCAGUGUGUGUCUGGGAUGUCAGCUACUCCUCACGUCGUGGUGGGGUCUCAAUUCGACCUUCAUUUGUCCGAUUGUCACAGGUGAACAGCUGACUGUGCCUGCAUCUCAACUUUCAGGUCUCUUCAUGGAUGCCGUCAUCUCAGCCGUGAUCUGGGAGCAGCUGCCACGAGGGCGUCCAAACAAUACAACAGCUGUUGAGACUGCCCACUUCCUGAGUCGUGCAAUGGUCGGCGUGGUGGUGGCAUGGAUUGGUAUUGGUACAGCUGUCUAUGGUCUAGCGCAUCGACAUCGUUACUACGUGCUUCUGUUGGAUGCGAGCUCGGUAUCCAUGUGGGCGUCAAUCGUCAUUCAAGCGAUUGUGUUUUCCGUGCUGGUCGUCACUUCUUUGCACUGUACUGUAUUCUUUGGACCAAUAGAAACGAGCAUGAAGUUCGUGGUGCUUAUCACGGGGCAGCUGGCACUGCCAUUUCUAUGGACAUCAACCGACGCGUUCCCUCCUGUCCCGAAGGCCGCCCCUAUAUGUGGCGUCCUAGUGCUUUGCAGCGGCUGGAUGUCCUUCCGCAGGGUACAGUGGUUUAUAGAUCAGCCCACUCUUGGCCGAUCCUUCGACAGACUCCUUGCACUUUUCGCUGCGUUGGUCGUCCUUCUGGUGAUGCUCAAGAGCUCUGCCAUCAGUGUGCAUCCCAUCGACAGUCUCAUUGAAGCGGGCAAUCUCCAGCACGAGGCUUAUGUCAACGUUUCGCUGCAGCAGAGAACUCUCAGAGAUGCCGUCGUGCAGUACCAGCAGAGAUAUCACCGCAGUCCUCCUCCAGGCUUCGAUCUCUGGUACAAGUUCGCCACCAACAAGAAAUGCCUGAUCAUUGACGAAUACGAUCAGAUCAACGAAGAUCUGCUGCCUUUCUUCGAUCUGACACCUGCUCAGAUCCGACAAUCAACCUGGGAGAUUGCAUCAAAUCAGUGGAACGAGGCCGCUGGAAUCAGCAUCCGCAAUGGCACUGCUCGCGUACAAGAUAAUGUCAUUCCGACUCACAGGUGGAUGGUCGAAGGCGUGGAGGCCCUAAUUAACAGCUUCGCGGCUUUCCUCCCUGACAUGGACCUGGUAUUCAACAUCAACGACGAGCCACGUGUAGCACUUUCCCAUGAGAAGCUGGAGCAGAUGAGAAGCAGCGGUGCGCAAAAAGCGCUCUCCGGACGGCUGUCGUGGUCUGAGAACAGGACUGCGGAAUGGCUUCCAGAAGCUGUAGAACAGGAGACGCGCAAUUUUGAGGUGGUUUCGCGCAAAGACAGCUUCCGGGACUGGGGAGUGAUUGGCUGCCCACCAUCGUCAGUAUCGCGAAGAGAUCGUGCGUUGAUCGGAUCGAAGGCAAGCCUUUGCACUAGCUGCGUUGCUCCUCAUUCGCUGGGACAAUUCGUGUCGAACUGGUCUCUUGCCGCCGACAUGUGCCAUCAGCCAGAUAUGGCGCACCUGCAUGGCUUCUACACGUCGCCUGCAGCUUUCAAGCCUGCAGGCAUGCUAAUGCCUGUGUUUUCCCAAUCAAAGGCCCAUGGCUACAACGACAUACUUUAUCCGAGCGCCUGGAAUUACAUGGACAAGGUCAAGUACGACCCGUCGAUGAAAGAGCAGGGCAAGCCAGGAGAGGACAACUACAAGCCCGCGUAUCCUGACGUACCUUUUCGGCAGAAGAAGAAUGCAGUGUUCUGGAGAGGAGCAACUUCGGAGGGCAUUUCCGGUGGCGACGGCGAAUGGCGAGGCAUGGUCAGACAGCGACUCGUCCAUUUGGCCAAUAACGCCACCAGUCAUCCCCAUGACGAAGCUAUGAUCCUACUGCCACACCCGCAGAGCGAAAAUCAAUGGGAGUAUGUUCGCGUACCAGGCGAUCUCGUCCCCAAUCUAGGCCUCGAAACAGACAUCCACAUCGUCAACAACAUAGCCCGAUGCGGUGGGGAAGGACUCUUCGACUGCACAGAUCAAGAAGCAGAGUUCGCACCCACCAGCGGCACCGAUUUUCAAGCACACUGGGCAUACAAAUACCUCUUCGACCUGGACGGCGCAGGCUUCUCUGGCCGCUUCCUGCCCUUCCUGCAAUCACGCUCUCUCCCAUUCAAGAGCGCGCUCUUCCGAGAAUGGUAUGACAGUCGCUUAACGGCAUGGAAACAUUUCGUGCCGCAAGAUAUCCGGCUGCAUAGCUUCUGGAGCACGUUGGCGUACUUUGCGGGUGUUGAUGGCACGCUGCCUGAUGGCAGGAGUAUCAAGUGGGCUGGAAGAGAAAAGCAGGCGGAAGCGAUAGCUCUUGAGGGGAGAGCUUGGGCUAAUAAAGUGCUAAGGAAAGAGGAUAUGGAGGUGUACUUUUUCAGGCUGCUGCUUGAGUGGGGAAGGAUCACGGAUGAUAACAGGGAGGAGUUGGGAUUCGUGGUGCCUUGA